GGCGCCCCGCCCCCGCAGGCCCUGGGGCCCGUCUCCAGGCGCGCCUCCAGCCCCAGCCCAUUCACACAAACAUGGCGGCUACGCAGGCCGCCCCUCCUCCUGGGGCUCCCGGGCUGGCUGGGGCAGGUCGCCUUUGGUGGAUGCCCGAGAGCUCGGCUCUCGCUUGGUAGCGCUCCCCUGGGGCUAGCGGCGGCUCUGGAGCGGGGGCGCGGGCCGGCGCUGGCGGGAGGAAGGCGCGGGACCUAGGCGGGCGAUGCGGGGUCCCAGAAAAGGUUAUUCCGCGGCCGCUGGGUGACACCAUGAAUGAGGACACUCGGGGACCCUCUCAGGCUGCUGCGGCAGCGACGGGGGCAGUGGAGGAGAAAGAGAAGAAGGAGGAGGAGGAGAAAGGGAAAGAAGAGGAGAGAGAGAAGCUGCCCCCCAUCCUCACCGCUUCCAGCACUGCAGCUUCUGGGGUGGUGGAGAGAGGAGCCAAAGGCCAGCUUUCUGCCUUCAGCAGUUCCAUUUCAGCUAUUAGCCAGAAGAAAGAAGUGGCUGAAAAGAGAAGCUCACCCCCACAACCUGUUAUACCUAACAUCAAGAAUGUGAAAGAUCUACCAACAAUUUGCCUCGAUGUUAGACAAAAGCAGCGCCUGUCUAUUGAUUCAUUGUCAGUUGAAAUGAAAGCUCCUGAAAUGAAAGCACCUGAAACAAAAGAACCUACCCUUCUUGUCCGUAACAAAACUAUGAAAGAUUUUCAGGAAGAUAUAGAAAAAGCGAAGUCAUCAGGAGAAUGGAAAGAGGUCCAUGACUUUUAUCUCACAACAUUUGAUUCUUUCCUGGAGCUCAGUGCUGUUUUUAAGAAAGAUGCCAAUACCCCAUUUAAUACUAUUGAAGAUUCUGGGAUUAAUGCCAAAUUUGUGAAUGCUGUGUAUGAUGCCUUAUUAAAUACUCCUCAAGAUAUUCAGAAGUCAGUAUUGAAAGGUGUCAUUAACAGUCUAUUAAGAGAAUGGAAAGGGCCACGGUCAAAAGAUGAUCUUAGAGCAUAUUUUAUACUUUUACAGAAUCCUCAGUUUAAUAACACAUCUACUUACGUCAUCUAUGCCCACUUGCUAAGACAGAUAGCUACCUUAGUGGAAGCGGACCAUCAUUUCCUUGCUCACUGGUUUAAAAAGUCAUCACAAAAAAGGUUCAAGCAAUUGGUAGACAGAUUGCUACAGUUUAUUUCUUUACGCCUGUUUCCUGCAAAGCCUGAAGAAUUCCCACCUAUGACAAAAUGUUCCUGGUGGAUUCCAUCAGCAACCAAAGUCUUGGCUUUGCUUAAUGCUGCAAAUGGUCUGGCACACCUUCCUAUUAUUCCUUAUACUGAUUUUUAUAAUUCUACACUGGAUCAUAUUGAUCUCAUGGAAGAAUAUCACACUUGGCAGUGCUUUGGAAACUCUAGAAGGUUUUCCUUCUGUCAGUAUCCAUUUGUUAUUUCUAUAGCUGCAAAAAAAAUCAUUAUUCAGAGGGACUCAGAACAACAGAUGAUAAGCAUUGCCAGGCAGAGUCUGGUGGACAAAGUUUCUCGAAGGCAGAGACCUGACAUGAAUAUGCUAUUUCUAAAUAUGAAAGUAAGAAGAACACAUCUUGUUAGUGAUUCACUCGAUGAGUUGACAAGGAAAAGAGCCGACUUGAAAAAGAAGCUGAAAGUGACAUUUGUGGGUGAGGCCGGCCUUGAUAUGGGCGGCUUGACAAAAGAAUGGUUUCUUCUCCUGAUUCGCCAGAUUUUUCACCCAGACUAUGGCAUGUUUGCAUAUCAUAAGGAUUCACGUUGUCAUUGGUUUAGCAGCUUUAAAUGUGAGAACUAUUCUGAGUUUCGGUUGGUUGGAAUUCUUAUGGGACUAGCUGUAUAUAAUAGCAUCACUUUGGAUAUUCGUUUCCCGCCCUGCUGUUACAAGAAGCUAUUAAGUCCUCCCAUUGUUCCUGGUGAUCAGAACACACCAGUAGGCAUCUGCAAUGUUACAAUAGAUGAUCUAUAUCAGAUUAUGCCUGAAUUGGCCCAUGGAUUAAAUGAACUUUUAUCAUAUGAUGGCAAUGUUGAAGAAGAUUUUUAUUCAACCUUUCAGGUUUUCCAAGAAGAAUUUGGAAUAAUAAAAUCAUAUAAUUUAAAAUCAGCUGGUGAUAAAAUUCCAGUUACCAAUCAGAAUAGAAAAGAGUAUGUGCAGCUUUAUGUUGACUUCCUUCUCAACAAAUCCAUCUAUAAACAGUUUGCUGCAUUUUAUUAUGGAUUUCAUAGUGUAUGCGCUUCAAAUGCACUAAUGCUGCUUCGCCCAGAAGAGGUAGAAAUUCUGGUCUGUGGAAGUCCUGAAUUGGAUAUGCAUGCUCUGCAAAGAAAUACUCAGUAUGAUGGCUAUGUGAAAACUGACCUUACUAUACGAUACUUUUGGGAUGUUGUACUUGGGUUUCCUCUUGAUCUUCAAAAGAAGUUACUACAUUUUACCACAGGAAGUGACAGAGUACCUGUGGGAGGAAUGGCAGAUUUGAAUUUCAAGAUUUCAAAGCAUGAAACUUCUACUAACUGGUUACCAGUAGCCCAUACCUGCUUCAACCAGCUUUGCCUGCCUCCUUACAAGAACAAAAAGGAGUUAAAACAGAAGCUGAUCAUUGGGAUUUCCAAUUCAGAAGGUUUUGGGCUAGAGUAACGUCAGACUUGAAAUAAAGUAUUUUUAUAUGUAGCAUCCACUCUCUUCUCAUUGUGCCUUUAACCUUUUCAUGCUUCUGUCUUCAGCACUAUGAUAAGCUAAACAAUUUUCAAAUGCUGAUUUUUUGAAUUAUUAAAUGUGAAACACAUUUAAUCUACAUACAGUUUUGAAAAGCCACAGAAACUUUGGCACGGGAAGGGGGAGUCAAUAGAUAACAACAGUAUUUUUUUGUUGUUUUUUAGAUCUCUUUUUAUAGCACUUUACUUGUCUCCGUAAUUAUGUCACACAUGUUCCACUAGGGGAAUGAAGUGCAGUAUUUAAUGUGUUUCUAACAUAGAACCCAGUGGUGGAUUCUGUUAUUAACGCACAGUAGCAAAGCUUAGAGCUACAACACUAUUAAUAUAAGGCCUGUAGCCAUAUUUUCAUACAGAAGUGAACAAUUUUAAUUGCAAUGGAAAUUUACAGUUUUUAAUAUUCCGGCUUUAGUUCUGUAAGGAUUAAUCUGAUUGUUGAAAAACAUGUAAAUACUUGCUCGUGGGGGGAAAUGGAAUUUUUAAUAGUCAUUUGUUGCUAAAGAUUUAUUUUUACAGAAUAAAUUCAGGGUUUUAGAUGUGUAUACAGCUUUUACAAAUCAACAGGGAUGAUUGUACAGGAAUGUAACUUUUCAAACUAAACUAACUGGAUUUAAGAUUAUAUGCUUUUAAGUAUUAAGAUUAAGUAUUAAGAUAUGCACCUAUUGAAAUAGGCAGAAAACUGAUUACUUUGAAGACCUUACUUGGAUAGCUGUCACAUUUUGAAAAGCACCUGGAUGUUAGAAAGUGAAAUCCAAUCAAAUUUGUUGUGAAUGAAAUAAAUCCUAGAAAAGCACAAAAGAAAAAAUACUUUUCAUUUGAAAAUUUGAUUGAUGGACUAGGCUUAUGUCUAAUCUUGUUUUUAAUGGCCAGUAGUAGAGGAUUCAACUUCUGGAAAAAUAGGCUGGAAUGCAGGGCAGAAUCCUAUGAAUAUAUCAAGUGAGAUUUGUGUCAAGGUAGAAUAGUUUCAAUAUUUGGGCCAAAAUAUUCAGGUUCCCCCCCCCCCCCAGUGAAUUCUAAAUACAAAAAAAUAACAAAAGUAUAAAGUAGUAUGUGAGGAAAAGGAGAAAAGGGAAAAAGUCAUAGCUACUGAUGCAUUUUUGCAUUAGUAAAAGUGAAGCAGUUUUCUUAGCCUGUGACAGAUUUUUCCUAAAUUGAGAUUUAUUUCCUGGAGACAUUCCUAGCUUUUCUUCUGAAAGCUCAGAAGCUAUUAUUGUUGCAAUAACAAUAAAUGAUGCCAGCAUUUCUUACCAGCAAAUACUCUUUUAGAUACUUUCCCUCAUCUUUUUCUGAGUUUUGCUAUCUCCUAGUUGCACCCUCAGCAGCAGAAUUCAGCAGGAGUGAAGAAAUGAAUUAACUUGUUCUUCUGAGAUUUUGAAGCAACCAGUGUUUGGAGGAAAGGGAGGACUUGUUGUAUGUAUUUAUCUCUCCUUCUGAAAGGGGCUCUGAAAUACUCUGGGGAUUUUAAGUGAUCUGCAGUGUCUUCAUUAAUAGAAAAAUGGGUAACAGACUAACUGGUUUAGUUUGUUAAUCUAUGUGCAAAAAUAUCACUUCUCUGUCGUGCUGCCUGAGCUAGACUGUGAGAUGUUAAAAUAGGUUGAUAAUAACUAAUAAGCACAAAAGAAUUAUCUGUAAGUAAUCAGGUUUAAUGUUUAAGAUGUAAACAAAGCUCUUAUUUGAUAAAGAUGAUUUAUGGUUUCUUGUGCACGUUUGAUGAUGUGUCUAUAUACAUCAAUAGCUAUGUCACUUUAGAAAUAUUCCAACCUGUUGUUUUUAUGCUCCAUACCCACAGUUAACUGGAAAAUUUGUGUCUGUUAUAAAAAUGAAAAAUACAACUGUUUUAAUCACUAAAUUACACAUUGCCUUUAUUUAUUUAUGCUCUCUCUGGUUUUAGUUUACAGUGUAAUAAUACCUCAUUUUUUAAAAAAACCACUGCUGUUCUAUUUUGUUAAUUUUCAAUUGCCUACUAAGUUCAUGUGGUUAUUACAUUUUUAUAUAUCUGUUGUUAAUAAACUCUAUUCAAUUUUUGUAUUUGCCAUAGUAAAUUAAAGUAUUACAUAAUGUUUCUUAGUAAUUUUAAAAA